AUGCAACCCCCUCCAACAAAUUAUCCGGUUAAACCAGUUGAUACUUAUAUCAAAAGUACCUCUAAUUUACUGGAAGCAAAUCCAUCACAAACUUUAUUAACAAUCAAAUAUAAUAUAGUAAACCAUCAUAAGAAAAGCAAAGAAAAUAAAGGCGAAACAAGUGAUAAGAAUACUGUCAAUAUUAAAUUUAAUACAUCAGUGACAUUUCAAACUAAGAAUCCAGAGCUAGGUUUAUUUCAUGAUUAUACUACAAACAAGGUCAAAGAGGUUUCAAGGGUGUUAAGUGCAUUGGGUCCUAAGGGGGUCACUAUGAAUGUUAACAAUAAUAAAGUUUUAAAAAAGAAAGAUUUUCUCUAUAGCAACUUGAAAGGUAAGAAUAAAAAAAAGCAAAAAAAAUCUUCCACUUCAUUAAUAAGUAAUAAUAGAAAGACAACCAAACCUAUCCGAUAUACUACAGCUCAUAAGGAAUUGGUAAAUAUUAUUGGUGGUGCCACUUUAUUAACUAACACUGAAAUAAAAGAACAUGUGAUUGAGUCAACAAAGAAACAAAAUAACAAAGGUCCCAAAAGCGCCGUUGUUCCAGACACUACCAUCACUACUGGUCCCUCUUCUAAAAGCAGUAACAGCAAUAAGAAAAAAAAGAAUAGGAAAAGCGGUAAGAACAAGAGACGCUAA